AUGACAAAGGACAUGCACCAAAUGCAAGGGACUGUAGCAGCCCAGGCUCUUCUGUCCAUAGGAUUCUCCAGGCAACAAUAUUGGAGAGGGUUGCCAUUUCUUCCUCCAAGGGAUCUUCCUGACCCAGGGAUCGAAUCUGCAUCUCUUAUGUCUCCUGCACUGGUGGGUGGAUUCUUUACCACUAGCACCACCUGGAAAGCCCUAUGCUAUGGUCACAAGGCCAACACAGUUCUCACUGGGCCAAAAUCAAGAUGUGAGCAACCUCUAGGGGAAAAUUCAUUUCCUGCUUUUUCCAGCCUCUAA